AUGUUUCGGACCCUCUUUGUCGCAAACAAGGCGAGCUCUUGCUCUGCUUCAACCCCUUUGAAAGCAUUCCGUUGUCUUGCCAGGGCCGGAUACAGCGUCAAAGCCAAUCGGGAAGAAGCUAAAGAGCUCGAAUCUCCUGAAGAGCUUGCCCAGAAGUCGAAACUUAAAGCUAAGCCUAUUGACUAUUCUAACAACGCCCCUGUAAAUCCAAAGAAAAAAAGGCCAUUUUUAUCAGGGUCCAAGUACGAGUCUAGAGUUUAUCAGCUUCCAAAAUGGAAGGAAGCUCUCGGCGAAAUAGUGAUCCGCUCUUUUAACUUGGAUAUGGAUAAGGUUAGAGCAGGCCCGGUCGCGGGGUCUUACUACUAUGCUCUAUGUAAGGAGCAGGGCCUUCAAUUUGAAAAUGAGCCUCUGUCUACUACGGCAAGGUUUUUUUAUGAGGAUCUGAAACUUCCCCGCACCUUCUCGCAGUGGUUCCAAAUCACCAUCUUACACGAAUGGAUCUUGUUUGUGCGCAUGCGCGCAAUGCCGUUUAAAUAUGGAAGAAACUACCAACAAAAGUUGGUAGAUAGAACGUUCUCUGAUAUAGAACUCCGGCUAUUUGAUGAGAUGAACGUCAACUCGGGCAGAAUCGCAGACCAAUAUUUGAAGGACUUCAACUCUCAGCUUCGUGGCGCCGUUUUUGCUUACGAUGAGGGCUUAUUUACAGACGAUUCCACACUCGCAGCUGCCAUAUGGAGAAAUUUAUUUGGCGGCCGCAAGAAUGUUGACAUGGUGCAUUUAGAGGCUACAGUGAGAUAUGUACGUGCCCAGAUCUAUGUGCUGAGUAAGAUGUCCGACAGAGAAUUUGCAAUGGGUAAAUUUAAGUUUGUCUCGCCUGAUGAGACUGUUUAUCGUCUAACAGCUCAGCAGGAGGCUGAAAUGAAGGAAAAUGUCAAAAGGAAGUACGAAGAAAUGGACCGUAACCCAGAUUUACUUCCCAGCGAACGAAGCAAGCUUUCAUACGACAACUGA